AUGGCGCCGCGCGAGAAAGGCAGAGGACGCGCAUCUACGAGCACUCGAAACGCGUCGACUUCCUCGCCGAAACCCUCGCUCAUCCUGCAACGCGGCAAACGCUCGUUCCUCAUCGCCCUUCCCGAUACUUUCGCCGAUGCUAUCGACGAAACGCGUCGUCUCUUCCCCAGACUCGACCCCGACGCGCUUCUCCUCGAGCGCGAGGUCGCGGGAUUCGGAUGGGUCCGCUUGACCGAUAGCGGUUGGGAGAGCGAGGCGGCGGCGCUGGCGCAGAAUGGAGAUGGAGACAAACCUGUGGUGCUGCGCGUCGAGGUCGACGUCGGCAGCGGGACUGACGAGGAGGCUGCGUUUCUGCCAGACCGGAAGCGCAGGCGCUGUCUAUCGCCAUCGCCUCAGCCCUCGAACCUGCUCCCGGCCAGCGAACGGAAGCAGAGAACAUCCGCCUCUCCUCCCCACGAAACAACGCCGUCAAGGUAUCGACUCAGAUUCGAGGGCGGCGAGCAAAUGGACGACUUCCUCUUUCUAGUCAAGCAAACUGCAGCGAUGAGCAAGAUCGUCGAAACUUUCGCCAACGUGAUCGGAAAACCCAGGGACAGUUUCAGGUUUUGCUAUGCAGGCGAUCCAGUCUCUGGCCAGGGGACUUUUGCGGACUUUCAGAAGCACCACAAUAUCGAUCCAGCAGACCAGGAGGUCGCACUCAUGUGGUGUUUCACCCAAUGUGGCGGCAAACCCGUCAUCUACCUCUUCCCGCCGACGCCGCUCGACUGCGCCGCCGUCUCGGUGAUUCUCACGUCCGAGUGGCACUUCUCCGCUCUCUACCCCGCCGUCGAUCCGAAGAAGGGCAAGCAGGGCGAGACGAGCGCGAGCUGGACGGUCUCUGCGCAGCCCGACGGUUCUCUCGUCGACGUCGCAUCGGGCCUCGAGCUCAAGUACCUCUUCUGGGAGGCCGAGGCGUACAAGACGACCGCGCCCUUUCCCUCGCAUUUCGCCUUCGACCCGUCGAACCCGUCCCUCGAUGCCUCGAACGGCCGCGCGCUCCCUUUCGCCGCCUUCCUCGCCCACCUCGACAAGACGCUCGCCGCGCUUUCGCUCCACACCGCCGCGAGGAACGACUUCAUCACGUACUGGCUCUCGCACUUCAACCGCAUCCGCGACGCCGGCCAGCACAUCGGCUUCCGCUUCCUCGCGCAGAGCGACUACAAGCGCGCCGCCCGUCUCGACGUCGACCCCAAGCCGGACGUCGUCAGUCGCGUCUUCCUCCUCUUCAAGGGCGUCGAUGCGGUUGAGGCGAGCGAGUGGAAGAAGCUGGACGAGAUCGACUGGGUCAAGGAGGUCGGCGUUCAGGUCAACAAGGUCACGGACGAGUCGCUCUUCCGCGUGCUCGAGUGGGGCGGCAUGGAGGUCGUCUAG